AUGAAGCCCGCAAUAGGAUUGCUCAUUUCUAUAUUUACAAAUAUUUUCCUUUUCCAUAUAAGGCAGUCAUACGCUCUGCAGAUUCACGACGACAUCAAGGCUGAGACAUACACACCCCUGCUACAGAGGACUGAUGUGCCCAGUGAAAUCGCAAAAAUAAUAACGCUAUCGGACAAAUAUAACGCAAAUGUCUGUUUCUUGAGAAACACCUAUUUGGGACAGGAAGACGUACCUAACGAAUGCAAAUGUACUUUCUCGAGAUUACAAAAAAUUGAGUUGGAAUGUGCAAAUCAAGAAAACCGAAACGAGGCCAAAUGUCAAAGUAAACUUUGUGAAACUUGCUGUAUCCUUAGUUUGUCUUCGAAGUUUAGCAAGGAGAAUAACUCUUCACUACCAGUAAACUGCAAGAUGAGAUGCUUAAACUCUCCCAUUAUCAGCAACAUCACUGAGGAUUCUCUGCAGUUUCUGAAUGACUAUCUAUUAAAAAUAGAUAAUAUAUAUCAUGAAAAGUUCGAUUUCGUAAAGCCCAAGGAGGAAAAGGAAGUUCCUACUCAGUAUCACGUAACACCUCUUAAAGAGAAAGAUGACAGUUUGUAA